GCGCAGAAUGGCUCGCAGCUUGCUCGCACUGUGCCUGGUGGCCCUGGUGGUCUCCGAGAGCGCUCUACCGGCCGUCGCCGUCGUCCUCUCCAAGUGCACCGUCGCCAAGGCACUCUACGACAACGGCAUCGCCAAGAGUCAGAUUCCCGACUGGCUGUGCCUGAUCGAGCAUGAGAGCUCUUUCAACACCGCUGCCAUUAACGUCAACACCAACGGAAGCAAAGACAACGGCAUAUUCCAGAUCAACGACACUUGGUGGUGUGGCGAGACUGCUGUGGGAGCCCUUUUGAACACUGACAUCACUGACGACAUCAGGUGCGCCAAGCUCAUCUACAGCCGCCAGGGCUUCAACGCCUGGUACGGUUGGAAGAACCACUGCCAGGGCGUCACCCUGCCCUCCAUCAGCGACUGCGAACUCUGAACACCGACUUCUCUUUCAAUCUAAGUAAAAAACAACAGCAAUAUAAUCUCGAUGUAAUAUAAUAAUGUAAUUUCAUUGUAAAAGCAUGUGCUCAAUAAAACGUACAUUUCAG